AGCGCUGAAAGCAGCUAAACUACAUCAGUCAAACUCAGACUUCUAUACCGACGCAUUGGUAUAACUCGAGGACAAUUUACUUCUCUCUACUACGAGAUUAAGGGACUCUUGACUCAGUUUACAAUGAGGCUGAACACCAUCAUUCCCAACUUCCACGCGGAGACGACUCAAGGUCCGAUUGACUUCUAUAACUGGCAAGGGAACUCAUGGGUCGUAUUGUUUUCUCACCCUGCUGAUUUCACUCCUGUUUGUACCACCGAACUCGGUCGUCUCGCUGUUCAUCAACCCCACUUUGAUCGUCGUAAUACCAAACUACUAGCUCACUCUGUCGACAAGCUGAAGGACCACGUGGACUGGGUUAACGAUAUCAAGUCUUACUGUCAGGAUAUUCCUGGAAGCUUCCCCUACCCUAUCAUCGCGGACCAUGACCGGGAUCUGGCUGUUAAAUUGGAUAUGAUUGACGAGGAGAGUAAAAGUGAUCCUAACUUGGCAAUGACUGUCCGAGCCCUAUAUGUAAUUAGCCCUGACCAUCGGCUCCGUCUUUCUAUGCACUAUCCAUCUUCUACUGGUCGCAACGUUGAUGAGAUUCUACGUGUCAUUGAUUCUCUUCAGUUGGUUGACCGUAUUCCAGAAAUUGCUACUCCAGCUAAUUGGGUGCCUGGAGAGAAGGUCAUGAUCCUUCCCACUGUCAAGGAAUCGGAGGUCCAAAGACUCUUCCCAGGUGGAGUCGACAGAGUCUCUAUGCCGUCCGGCAAGGUUUACGUCCGUACUACAACGGACUAUUGAGCAGUGUAGACACGAGUGAUAACAUUUCAGUAGAAUUAUUUGUCUUUAAAUUUGUAAAUGUAUAUCUGUUAUUCACGUGUUAAAUAUAUGUUAUUAUAUCAUUAA